GGGGCGGGGCGGGGCGGGGCGGGCGUUCGGGCCCUUCGCUGCGCCGCCCGCGCCGGGUCGGAGCUCCCGAGCGCUGCCCGCCCCCCGCCUCCCGCGGCGGCGCCCGGCCGGACAUGCUGCCCGACUGCCUGUCGGCGGAGGGCGAGCGGCGCUGCCGGGAGCUGCUGGCAAAGGCCACGGCCCGGUUCCGCGCGCGGCCCGCAGCGGCCGCGGUGCUCGUGCCGCUGUGCUCGGUGCGCGGAGUCCCGGCGCUGCUCUACACCUUGCGGUCCAGCCGCCUGGUCGGGAGGCACAAGGGCGACGUCAGUUUCCCAGGUGGCAAGUGUGACCCGGCUGACCAGGAUGUGGUGCACACGGCCCUGAGGGAGACCCGGGAGGAGCUGGGCCUGGCUGUGCCCGAGGACCAUGUGUGGGGUGUCCUGCAGCCCGUCUAUGACCAGGCAAAGAACACCGUGGUGCCGGUGCUCGCCGGAGUGGGCCCGCUGGAUCCCCAGAGCCUCCAGCCCAACCCCGAGGAGGUGGAGGAAGUGUUUGCACUGCCCCUGGCCCACCUGCUGCAGGUGCAGAACCAAGGCUACACCCACUUCUGCAAGGGUGGCCACUUCCGCUACACAAUGCCUGUCUUCCUGCACGGGCCACACCGCGUCUGGGGGCUCACCGCCAUCAUCACCGAGUUCACCCUGCAGGUCUUGGUACCUGGCGCCUACCAGCCCCGCCUGGAUUUCCCUGGGGCGUGGAGGCUCCAGGGCUGAAGACUGGUCCCUGGCAGCCCCUGCCCUCACCCUGCCAGGCCAGCGCCACCUCAGGACUGAAUAAAGAGCCUUUACAAACUCUU